CUCCGCCCUCUCUCGGCUUUCUUUAGCGCAUGCGUUUGCUGUAUACGACUUUGGUUUGUCGUUGCUUCAGGUUGGACUCGGAGUGGGUGCCAUCUUAGGCGAGGAGUCGUCGCCUUUCUGGCUGGUUCAUGAACCUUCCUGUGGUAUGGCUGGUAAUGGGUCAAGAUCAGAGUCUGUCAGUGGACUAACUAUGAAAUCACAACUUCAGGUCACUGUUAUUUCUGCAAAGUUGAAAGAAAACAAAAACAAAUGGUUUGGACCUAGUCCUUAUGUGGAAGUAUCAGUAGAUGGACAGUCAAAGAAGACAGAAAAAUGCAACAAUACAAAUAGUCCAAAAUGGAAACAGCAUCUUACAGUAAUUGUCACUCCAUUCAGCAAACUAAAUUUUCGUGUGUGGAGUCACCAGACAUUGAAAUCUGAUGUUUUAUUGGGAAGUGCCACUUUAGAUGUUCAUGAGACACUCAAAGCAAACAAUAUGAAGCUGGAAGAAGUGAUCGUGAACUUGCUUCUUGUUGGUGACAAAGAACCUGUUGAAGUGAUUGGAGACUUGUCUGUUUGUCUAGAUGGCAUGCAAGUAGAUCCUGAGCUGCUAACUAAUGGGGAUGCUCCAAGUCUAAGAAGUCCCUCACAGAAUGAUGGCUCCAGAACAAAAAACGAAACAAGGAGUAACACACACAGUUCUGAAAAUGGUGAGACUUCUGGAUCUAAAGAAAGCAGGGUAGCUAAUGGCAGUGAUGGUCCAUUAAUUGCAAAUGGAGGUUUUAAGCCUGCUAGACCUCCAAGACCUUCUCGACCACCUCCACCCACUCCACGAAGGCCCUCUGCUCCAUCUGCAUGUACCAAUGGGCCAUCAUCUGCAUCCACAGAACCAGAAGGGGUUGGUAUAGGAUUGGUGCCAACCUCAACUGCAAAUGCUGGGGCAGAACAAAACUUGGAAGUGGCAACAUCAGGAGCAACUGUACCUGCAUCAGGUGCUUUGACUACACCGCCAAUAUCCAGGCAAGUUCAGCCUGUAACUCCUGUGUCGCAGCCACAUCAUGCAGUCAGUCAAGGUCCUCUUCCACCAGGCUGGGAGCAAAGAGUGGACCAACAUGGUCGAGUGUAUUAUGUAGAUCAUGUUGAAAAAAGAACUACAUGGGACAGGCCAGAGCCUCUUCCUCCAGGCUGGGAACGCAGAGUUGACAACAUGGGAAGAAUUUAUUACGUUGACCACUUUACCAGAACGACAACCUGGCAGCGGCCAACUUUGGAAUCUGUUCGGAAUUACGAACAAUGGCAGCUUCAGCGCAGCCAGCUUCAAGGAGCUAUGCAACAGUUUAAUCAGAGAUUCAUAUAUGGGAAUCAAGACUUCACACAGAACAAAGAAUUUGAUCCUCUUGGUCCCCUGCCGCAUGGAUGGGAAAAAAGAACAGACAGCAAUGGCAGGGUAUAUUUUGUAAACCAUAAUACUCGUAUCACACAGUGGGAAGAUCCUAGAAAUCAAGGACAGUUGAAUGAGAAACCUUUACCAGAGGGCUGGGAGAUGAGAUUCACUGUGGAUGGAAUUCCAUAUUUUGUUGAUCACAACAGAAGAACAACAACAUAUAUAGAUCCUCGUACUGGAAAGUCUGCCCUAGACAAUGGACCUCAGAUAGCCUAUGUCCGUGAUUUCAAAGCAAAAGUCCAGUAUUUCCGGUUUUGGUGUCAGCAACUGGCUGUGCCCCAGCACAUAAAAAUCACAGUCAGCAGGAAAACAUUGUUUGAAGACUCCUUUCAACAGAUAAUGAGUCUCAGCCCUCAGGACUUACGAAGGCGCUUGUGGGUCAUCUUCCCUGGAGAGGAAGGAUUAGAUUAUGGUGGUGUCGCACGGGAAUGGUUCUUUCUGUUGUCGCAUGAAGUGCUGAAUCCAAUGUAUUGCCUGUUUGAAUAUGCAGGGAAGGAUAACUACUGCCUACAGAUAAACCCCGCAUCUUACAUCAAUCCAGACCACCUGAAAUACUUCCGCUUUAUUGGCAGAUUUAUUGCCAUGGCAUUGUUCCAUGGAAAAUUUAUAGACACUGGUUUUUCUCUACCAUUUUACAAACGUAUCCUCAACAAGCCAGUGGGUCUAAAAGAUUUAGAAUCCAUAGAUCCAGAGUUUUACAACUCACUCAUCUGGGUAAAGGAAAACAAUAUUGAGGAAUGCGGUCUGGAAAUGUAUUUCUCAGUGGAUAAAGAAAUUUUAGGUGAAAUUAAGAGCCAUGAUUUGAAGCCCAAUGGCAGUAAUAUCUUGGUUACUGAGGAGAACAAGGAAGAAUAUAUUAGGCUAGUAGCAGAAUGGAGACUUUCCCGAGGUGUUGAAGAACAGACCCAAGCUUUCUUUGAAGGCUUCAAUGAGAUUUUACCACAGACGUACUUGCAGUACUUUGAUGCCAAGGAACUAGAGGUCCUUUUGUGUGGUAUGCAGGAGAUUGACUUAACUGACUGGCAAAGGCAUACCAUCUACCGGCAUUACACCAGAACAAGCAAACAAAUUGUGUGGUUUUGGCAGUUUGUGAAGGAAAUAGAUAAUGAGAAGAGAAUGAGACUGCUACAGUUCGUUACUGGAACAUGCCGAUUACCGGUUGGAGGAUUUGCUGAUCUCAUGGGGAGUAAUGGACCCCAAAAGUUUUGUAUUGAAAAAGUUGGUAAAGAAAACUGGUUACCUAGAAGCCAUACUUGUUUCAACCGCUUGGACUUGCCACCAUACAAGAGUUAUGAACAACUGAAGGAGAAACUUUUGUUUGCCAUAGAAGAGACAGAAGGAUUUGGGCAAGAGUGACCAUUAGUGGGAUUUGCACCCAAAGAACAUGAAUUAAUCUAUGGUGUGCAUUCUUCUUUGCCUCUGCUUGUUGCACAUCUUACAGGAAAGAAGACUUUUGAUUUUAUUUAAUAAUUGCUAGUGUGUAAGCAAAUAGAUGUUACCCUGCAGUGUUAUGCCUACUAAUUAUUGAUUUCUCAUUAGUCAUUUGAAAAAUCCAAAAUUGAUGCAUCUGGUUUUUUUGUUUUGUUUUUUUAAAACUAACAGGAGGGUUACUGUUUCUCGAUCUCGAUCUUGGGUUGUGUUCAUUAACUGGAAUUAUUUUUUAAAGAAAACCUACUUGUUUUGUCUUUCCAUUUUAGUAGCAUCUCUUUGCUGCUGAUGCACUGGAAAGUCCACUGGUAGCUGCAGUGCUGCAGCAUCCUUAUUUCUAAUAGCACUUGCUUGCAUUCAGCCUGGGGAUACUGCAAGCAGAUCCCUUGCUUGUGUUAACCAUUUCUUACCCAAGUGUAGCUUGACUGUUUCUUCUCUCCCAAAGCUUAUUCCCAUGUCAUCUCAGCUAGCUCCAUAGGGGGGCAUGUGGAGCAAAGGUACACAUCCAAGACUCAGCACUGUUCUUAAUUUUAGCAUGAGGAUCCCAUUCCUCAAGUUUCUCUACAUUUGAGUUUGCUCUCACCCAGUCUGUGUAUUUUAACUUCAGUUUGUUCGUGGUACACCAGGGUGAACAAAACACUGGGCCUCUUCAGUGAAUUCAUUUGUAGAUUAAUGGCUAACACAGAGAAAUGGCCAUUGGACUGGACUUAGCUGUCAGUGCUGAGCUUUCUUUUUUAAUCUGGAAAAAGGGAUAUGGUUUACUAGUCCCCAAUACAAAUAAUCUAGAUUUGUGGUCCUUUAAUGACUGACAUGUUUUUAUGCCAGCAUAAAUUUUCCUUGGGAUGGCUCUUGUUAGAGAAAAAAAUGUAAAUAGCAGAAUUGAAAGGCAAGAAAUCUUGAGAGCAUCAAGCAUGAUAUAGUUAUGUAAAAGUGAGUUGUAAUCAAGAAAAGUAUAACAAUAGUAAGAGCAGUAAUUGGUGAUAAUGCAGCUGCCCUAGUUUUGCUAAACUCUUUAACACCUGUCAUGAUUCAGGAAGACCAGGUAAUUUUUAAAUCUUGGGAGAUGGUGUUCAGCUUCUUAAUUCUAAUCUUGCAGUCUUUUUGACUGAGUUGUUCACUAGGGGUGUGAAAUAUUUUUAACCAGCAUUUUCCAGUUUGGGUCUAUUGGAUCUUGGGGGAAAUUGGCAUUUCUGAAAAAUCCCAGAUCCCAAUACUGGUAUGGUAAUCAGAUUGGGGAUUUUUCAGAAACCCUAAAUUUUUCUGGGUCCAGUAGACGCAAGAAGAAAAACAGUGAUUUAAAAAAAAGCUAGCCUUGAUUCUGGAGCUGGCUUGGCUACAGUAGAAGCCAGCUCCAGGAUCUGCCGUGACUUCGGAAGUAGAUCACUCCCCAUGGCACUUAGAUUCUGGCUGGGCGGGUUUCUCCUGCAGCUCAGUUUAAACCAGGCUGCAGGAGAAGCCUGUGCAAAGCCAAGCUGGUGAGAACAGCUGAUCCUUGGGAUGUCUUUUGUAGUCCCUUUAAACUUUAAAGGGACUGCAGCAGAAGCCCACAUACAGCUGAGAUGUGGGAGCAAUCUGGCCCACCUCGCAGCUGUUUUUGAAUCUUGAUCUUUUGAUCAGUGAUUCUUGACUAUAUUUGGGAUUGGUUCAGAAUUUUUUUUGGGGGGGGGGUCCCAAGAAAACCCAAAUACAUUUGGGAAACCAAAAUACACCUUAAAAUACCAGUAUGGUAAAUCCAAAUGCACACUUCUACUGUUUGCAGCUUUUGUCUUCGCAUCUGCCUUGUGGGGAUCUACCACACACAUGUGACAAUGUGGACUAAAAUUUUGUCUGGAAUGAAAACUUGUAAUCUUGAAGUGCCACAAGAUUCCUGUUCAUUGCUACAAUUGAGUGACACAACCAUCCCUCUGGAAUUUGUUCCCAUUGUGCCCUAAAUAUUGCUACAAAGCUAUCAGUUGUACUUUUCUGACAAACUGAGGUUCAAUAAUUCAGAGACCUAGUCCUUGCAAAGACAAUUCCUGAAGACUUCCAAAUGUUACUUGAGAAUAUUGAGUAACUCACCAGAAAGUAGAAAUGGUGCAUUCUUAAAACUUGCUCUCUGGAGCUUCUUCCUUUUGGUGCUUGCACACAUUUUAGUUUUAAGUCUCAUUCUACAGCCUCUUAUUUAUAAUCGCUAUUCUUUUUCUUCCAUUGCCACUUAUGACAGUAUUUUAAAUACACUCCCAUUUUGGAAUGAAAGCACUUUGUUCUUGUCCCCAGCUUACUGCCUUGUAUCCUUUCCUUCAGGUUGUUGUAUUUCAGAGGUGUGCAUGCUGCUCUGAACCUAUAUAGGAGAGAUGGUGACAUUUGAAACAGCAGUAGUGCAUGCUUUUGUACCAGCAUUGCUCUAUUGUGUGAGGGAAGCACACUGACAUGGUGGACUCUUGCUCUGGAUAGCAAAUACCUAGCCAGACUUGGGGGGGAGGCAGGGUAUGGGAUUCCAGGCUAUUGAAAGCCAUUUUUUGUAACUGACUGACCUUGAGGGCUUUUCUGUGAGGUAAUGUAUGUUGUCCAUUUUCCUUCAAUUGGUAGUUGCAAGAAAGGGAAAUGACAGGCAAGAUCAGUGGUCCCCUGCCUUCCAGAGUGCAUUCUAAGGAAUACACGUAAAAUUUGUUUUCUCCCAAUAAUUAUCCACUUUUUCCAUUAGUAGAAGAAGUUACAGGGCACAUGUGUGAAUUCUAGGGCUAUGUUUGCUUAUGGCACUGCCAGAGCACCUGAUAAGUGUGUUAGAAAUAUAGCUGAUGGGGGAAGAAAAAGCCUUAGAAAUACUUUGUGUAUUGAUUUUAAUAAAUCUUAGCUAUCUAACAUUUAUAAGACAGAAAUGGAACUAAAUUAAGUGAGGUAAUGAGUAACUAUGGCAAAUAGUUCGUGUUCUGCAUAAUGUUUCAUGAUUUGUAUAGGGACCUAGAAUAAUGCUAAUGUAUAAAUAUCACUCAAAAGGCUUUCUGCCCUAUAUUUUUAAAUAAAGGAUAGUGCUAAUUGAAACUGCUGAAGCCCUAGUUCUAUAGGGCAUGGCUGUUUAAUAUUUUUAUGGUUCAAAUGUUUAGUUCAGAAACAGGUAAAUGCUUGUAUAUAUUUUUGCAAUCGGGGGGCUAGCUUGUUCAAUUUCUUUUAAUUUAAAUGGCAAACUUGUUUGUCUUGACUGCUGUAUUCCAGGGGAAAUGGGGGCUGGAUAUCCCAAGCACAGGAAAGUAUUUUAAGCACUCAAAACAGGAUAUUUAGCAAAUGAAAUCUUGACCAUGAAGUGUUGUUUCAAAUAGAUAUAUUGUAAGCAUUAUGCUAGCAAUAUCUCUAAAACCAGAAUGAAAGUUUGCUUUUAAAGUCCCCUUUGCCUUGUAAAUUCUGUUUAUGCCAUGUUACGUUGCAAUAAAAAGUAAUUUGAGCAAUUGGCGCACUUUUCUCAUUGUCAUAAUCUGGGACACUAAUACUGUGCUGUUUGCUGGGUGGCUGACUGGGCAAAUUGGACUGUGAACAACAUUUUCCACAAGAUUAGAACUUGUCUGCAUAAACCAGAUUCAACAGUUUAUAGACAACAAUUACUGUCUCAUGCUGUUGCGUGCUUAUAAGAAUGUCACAAUCUGAUUUGACACACUGAUUUGAAACUGCCUUAUAAAGACACGCAGUUCAGUAUACUGAUGUUAAUUUUUUCUAAGCCUUAUAUUUCUAAAAAGCUCAGGAUAGCUUGUAUGAAAUCUGCAUUUCCAAUUCAGUGCAUAAGAAUUUAUGACCCAUCACCACUUUAUUGCAGACAAAAAUCCUGCAAUAGGUUUGAAAUCAAAGCUGCUGUCAGUGCAUUGGUAUCUCCAGCCCCUUUUGUGAGGUGGUCGGUUGCAUAUUUUUUUUUCCAGAAUCAUUGUUUAUGUAUAUGUGCCCUAACUAAUUAGUACACAAACUGGGAUCUGAAGCACUGGACUGUAAAAUAUUGUACUGGAAUCCCAUUGUUGAAUUUUCCUUGAACUGUAACUUCAAAUACUCAGGUAACUGUCAAAAGUCUCUCACCAAGUCAAACUUUUAUAAAAGUUCUAAAAAGCUGG